GCGGCGGAUCUGGGUCCGCACCUUUUCCGGUAACACAGCCCCGCCACCGCUGUGCCUGACUGAACGGCUGGGAGACACAGGGGAGGAAGACACACUGAGAGCGGCAAGAGUGGGGGAGAAACGGCCUGGGGGACUGGGGAAUGGUCGCCGCGGAUGCAGGGGGAAGAGAAGAAAGUCGGAUGAAUCAAUGACCUUUUGAGCUCUCCUCCUGUGGAAACUCACCGUGAAGGCUCUGAAUUGUCGCCGCCUGUUAGCGCAGAUUAACCGGCGAGCUUUCGAAAUAAGCUAAGUGUGGACAGCCGGCGGCCAAGAAGGAAGUGGGAUCCCCCGGCCUGGCCUGGGCCUGCUCUAUAUUGUCCUCCUCUGGCUCAAAGAACUACUUAAAGCACUAUCUGGGAGGAAAAAGGAGCUGGUAAAGCAAAGCCAGCCCUUAUUUUGUGGGCUUUUCUAGGAAGUGUGUGAUCUAAGCCGACUUUGAGAGAAGGGAAUGUCAUUUUUUCUUCUUACAUUGGAGGAGAGUGGAUCAUUAAAAUAUAUCCCCACCCGAUUCGACAAAAACUCUCCAUGAUCAGUUCUCUGGGAUCACUCAAAUCUAAAUACCUCAAAUCUAGCUUUACUUUUGAGAUUUUUGACACUUGCCUCAACACGUGUGUAGCUUUCAGAUUGAAACUGACUUCUCUGUUGGCGUAAAAACAAACUUCUCUCUGGUUAGUUUUUCUUUUUUCGCCUAAGAGACUAUUUAUGCACAGGAAACAAGAUGGGGAAGAUGCUGUCAAAGAUUUUUGGCAACAAGGAGAUGAGAAUAUUGAUGCUUGGACUUGACGCUGCUGGGAAAACCACCAUCCUGUACAAGCUGAAACUAGGACAGUCGGUCACCACCAUCCCGACGGUGGGCUUCAAUGUGGAGACCGUCACCUAUAAGAACGUGAAGUUCAACGUGUGGGACGUGGGCGGCCAGGACAAGAUCCGGCCGCUCUGGAGACAUUACUACACAGGAACGCAGGGCCUCAUUUUUGUGGUGGAUUGCGCCGACAGGGACCGCAUCGACGAGGCCAGGCAGGAGCUCCACAGGAUCAUCAACGACCGGGAGAUGAGGGACGCCAUCAUCCUGAUCUUCGCCAACAAGCAGGACCUCCCGGACGCCAUGAAGCCCCACGAGAUCCAGGAGAAGCUGGGCCUGACCCGGAUCCGGGAUAGGAAUUGGUACGUUCAGCCCUCGUGCGCGACGACAGGGGAUGGACUAUACGAGGGCCUGACCUGGCUUACCUCUAAUUACAAAUCCUAAUGUUUCCUCCACCCACCAGCCUGGACAUUUGGAGACACAAAACGUAGCUGAGAUGAGGAAAGAGAAUUAAAAAAAAAAAAUUUAAAAAAGGAUGCAAUCUGAGGCAAACGAUUCAAUUAUCUCUUUGCUUAAUCUGUAUUAGAGGGAGUCGCAAAUGUUUGUUUUUUUCUGAAUAAUUACUUCACUUUAAUCCCAAAUUUUCAGUUAAGCAAAGAAGUAUUUUUGUUUUAUUUUUCUUUAGUUUUCUUUAGUUCUCAAUCUGUGUAAUCAGCACUGUUAAUCCAUACAUCUUACUUUUAUGCUUUUACUGCAUUUGCUUUUGUUUUCGCCUUUGUUGUAUCAUUUCUUUUAGGGGCCCCAACCUGAUUGGCAUGGCCCCCAAACUUAGUUCUGGUUCUGCACUCUCAACACCCAGCUACAUAUCCAAAGGAUGGACAGGGGGGGAGUCUAGAAAUAAUUUCCCUAAAUCAGCAUAUCAAUAUAAAGGAAAGAAAAAAAAAUGCCUCUGUUAUAUGUAAGAAUGUGUACUCUGGAUGUGUUGGGACCUUAAAAUCAGACUGAUUGUAGUGGGAUGAUUGAAUGGGAAGUUCCUCCCUCCUGUGCAGUGAUUUCAUGGAUCUUCACACACUGUGACCUGGAUAUAAAUGGUUGUUUCAGGGUUUAAGUGGUUGUUAACGGCGGUUUAAUCAUUUUCACUCUUGUUUCUCUCAGAGCUUCCAUUAAGUGUUUUGUAGUUUCAGCUGCCUUAGGACGGACCAGGGUUCCAGGUGCCCCCCCCCCAUCCCCCAGAAACUGAGACAGCCGCUGAGUUUGCACUUUGAUUGGGAGAAGGAGGGGCGGUGAGCAAUUUGCUGGUUGGGGCAUAUUUUUUCAUUUUCUUGAACCGACUUUUGGACUCCAGCAAGGUUUACGAAUUUCCUAACCCCCCCCCCCCCACCACCACCACCUCCAAAACAGGUGCUUCUUUACUUUUUUUUUCUAAAUAAACAUCACCAGCCCAUUUAAAACCCUGCAGUUAAUUAUUUUCAUAGUUUCAAAACCAUAUUGCUGUUUAACCUCCCCCCCUUUUUUUUCUCUUAUGCUAUGCUGUUGAAAUAAUAAAAGAAAUAUAUAUCCAGAUCAUUAUGGAAGUGGUGCCUUUUCAAUGACCGGUUGGUACUAUUGCAUUAUUAUUUUAUUUUUUUUAAUUGAAAAGCAAUAUUUCCCUUUUGAAACAGGUUGAGCUCAUAAAAGAGGAAAUGAGAGUUUAGGGCGUUAUGAUAGUUGAACGAAGGACAAACUGAAGAGAAGUGAGCCUCUGCUUGUUUCCUUUCUGCUCCUGUGAGUCAUUUGCUGAAUAAAUGAUGAGAGCUCUA